UGACUGUCUGACUGAUGGAUCCUAACUAGCGAUGGGCGCUUGCAUCAGCUGUCAGAGGCUUUGACAAAGGAGACUCGGCCGGUUUGGAUACAUAAUUCAGUUGGCAGAUAUGGUGAGGCACAGCGUGAUGACAGAGUUGCAAGCCUUCCAGCACUCACUCCAGGGUAACUCCCUGGCUGUGGGCCAAGUAGGGCAGAGAUGUGGGGAAGUUCAGGAGAACAGGAUCGCUUCAGAGGACAGGCAGCACCUAUCUCUAGUCCCAGCAGAAAUUGAGAAAAGCCAGCCAGUGAACAUCCCAGAUGCAGCUAAAAGAAAGAAGAAGAAAAGAACUAGAGCAACAGACAGCUCCACAGGCACUUUCGAUGAUCUUUACAAGCUGACAGAUGAGGUGCUUGGUCAGGGGGCUUAUGCGAAAGUUCAAGGAUGCAUAAGUCUACAAAAUGGACAGGAGUUUGCUGUGAAGAUCAUAGAAAAGAGUGCGGGACACAGCCGCAGCCGAGUCUUCCGAGAAGUGGAGACACUCUACCAGUGUCAAGGAAACAAGAACAUUUUGGAAUUGAUCCAGUUUUUUGAAGACAGCUCCUGCUUUUAUUUGGUGUUUGAAAAGCUGCGUGGAGGCUCCAUUCUUACUCAUAUCCAGAACCGAAAGCACUUUGACGAGCUGGAGGCCAGCAAGGUGGUGAGGGACAUCGCCCAAGCUCUUGACUUCUUACACACAAAAGGUAAACUGACAAUCAAAAAUCCAACCCACCAAAGUUCAAAGAGAAGAACUCAUUUUUUUAAAAAGUCUGUCAUGUUAACAAUGAUCUGUCCUACAGGCAUUGCCCAUAGAGACCUUAAGCUGGAGAACAUCCUUUGUGAAUACACUGAUCGAGUGUCACCAGUAAAGAUCUGUGAUUUUGAUCUGGGAAGCGGAGUGAAACUCAGCAGUGCUUGUACACCCAUAACUACUCCAGAGCUUACCACACCGUGUGGCUCAGCAGAGUACAUGGCUCCAGAAGUAGUGGAGGUGUUCACUGAUGAGGCCUCCUUCUAUGACAAGCGGUGUGACCUCUGGAGCCUCGGGGUCAUCCUCUACAUCCUGCUGAGUGGCAGCCCCCCCUUCACAGGGAACUGCGGCACAAACUGUGGCUGGGACAGGGGAGAGACCUGCAGAGCGUGUCAGAGUCACCUGUUUGACAGCAUCCAGCAGGGCAAGUAUGAGUUUCCAGACAAGGACUGGGCUCACAUCACAGAGGGAGCCAAGGAUCUCAUAAUUAAGCUGCUGGUUCGGGAUGCCACUCUGCGCAUCAGUGCCGCUCAGGUCCUCAAACACCCUUGGGUGCAGGGGAACGCUCCAGAGAGAGGUCUUCCAACUCCUCAUAUUCUACAGAGGAACAGCAGCACCAAAGACCUGACCCAGUUUGCAGCAGAAGCCAUCGCCUUUAACCGGCAGCUAUCCCAGCAUGACGAGCAGCAAGAGGAUGUCGGAGCCAUCGUUUGCUCCAUGAGGCUUUCCCCUCCUUCCAACUCCAGACUGGCUCGCAGACGGGCACAGUCUAACGCCCUGCGUACCAGGGACUUCGCACCCGCUUCCGACGACCUCACAGCCUGAGGAACCAGCACUGAAGUCUCCUUGUCCUGUUUUCUGACUGAUUUUUAGCUUCUGCCUGCCCCUUGUGUGAGUUAGUGAGUGAGUGAGUGAGUGAGUGCAUGGGUUUUUUGUUUUCACAAGAUCAGCCACACAGUAUCAGAAGUGACUAACUGUUCCCAGUGUUAAAGCUCUUUCCCAUGGCCAGUAAUCUUAUCACCUAGACAGAGUCUGAGCACCAAGGGAACAGUUAAUCCUUGGCUGACACCUUCUAAUUGAAAACAUGGUUGAAACUCCUGAGAUUUGUCCAGGAAAACAUGUUUUAAGCUGCCUAAGUAUGAAACCAGGACUGUUUCAUUUGAGAAGACCCUCAAGGUUGGUUUUUUUUUUUAAUACAACUGAUUACGACCCCACUACAACAGGAACUGCUCUUUGCGCCAGCAAUUAAUUAAGAAAACUCAAUCAGUACAUAUCUGUAUUAACAAAGCAUUACAUGGAUUCAGCAAAGUUAUGCAGCUGUUGCUAGCCUAAUGCCAUAUGAUCUUAUUUUAAAUAUUUUAUCUUUCCUGUUGUCCAACUGUGAAAUGGUUAAUAUUUUAUUUAAAUGUUACUGCUUUCUAGUCACUCAAUGUUAUUUUGCUUUUUUUUAAGCUUGUAAGCGUAUGUGAUAUGACGUGUGUGUGGAUGUGUUUAGUUUAAAUGAUAAAACUGGACUACACUUUAGAGGAGACUGUCCAUCUGUGGAAAUGGGCUCCAUUUGACCCACUUAAGUCACUCUCGUCUAGUCUACAUCUGAUGUUUUAAGAGAAUGUAGGUUGAACUUACAGAAAGUACAAGAAGGGAUUCAAGUUAAAGAAAACCCAGUGAUCGAUUUUUUUUAAAAACAUUUUUUAAAUGUUAUUAUAUCUUUUCAUCUCUAGCUUUCACUUAAACACAAGCUACCUGUAGCACUGAUGUACUUUAAAAUAAGUCACUUGCUUAAUUUACCUGAAAGAAUGAGGGAAUAUUGCAUCAGUUUGGUUCCAAGAAUGUGAAUAUGACAUAUACAGUAAUAUUUAUCUUCUAAGCAGAUUUAACACAGUGUUUUCCUCCUCAGAAUCCAACAUUACCUCUGGCUAUUUUUGCACCACAUCUUUGCACAUUUUUCCAUUGUACAAAUGCAACAACACCCUCAAAAGAUGUGCUCAUUUAAGUCUCAAUAAUUUGAGCGCUUUCGGUCUGAGUGACUUGAGAUGUGAGAAAUGAAUUUGUUUCAGGUUGUGCGUAACUAAUGAGACUUAACAGUGAUUAGUUGAUGUUACAGCUGAUAGUGAGAAAGAUGAUUCCAUAUUGGUGUUGAAGGGAUUUAUUUUUAUACUAGUGUUUGUAAGAUGUUCAGUUUGUGCUAUUUUUGGUUUUGAUUGUGCCAAUGAAAAGAAGGAUGGACUAACCAAGCAAAGAUUUUCUUGGGGCCAUCAGGUUGCUGUUAUUUACUUUGGAUCCUUUUUUUUUUUUUAAAGAAAUAUUUUUACUUUUAUAUUUGUGAGAGAUUUUUUUCCUUCAUUGAAGACCCAGUCUGUUUACAUGGGCUCAUGGACAGCUGUCUAUCAUAUCCCGUAACCCUGUUAACUUUGUGUGUUGCCCACCGAAUGACAUGUCCCCCUGAUUUCACACUGUUGCCAUGGACACCUCAUCCCUAUAGCAACUAAGGGCCUUCAUAAGCUCACAGGAAGAGAUGUGCUCAGAGUGAAUACACACAUUAGGAAACAACCACUUGCUAUGUUAAAGCCCUCUCGCUCAUUAUGAAUCAUAAAAGGACUUGUUUGUUUUCCCCCAUUAACUGUAAUGGCAUCAAAAUGAGAUACAGUAAUUGGUCUGCAAUUAUGGAGUCCCAUUUGUCAAAGGGGUCCUGUGCAUAAAGCUCUCAAGGUAGAGCAUAUUUUCACUGGUAUGCUGUGUUCUCAAUAAAAACAAAG